AUGGACACAGGAUGCCCGCCUCCCAGCAGAGAGAAGACCCUCAGAUGCUUGGAAUGUGGGAAGAGCUUCAAGAACAGCUCCCACCUGAUCCGACACCAGCAGAUCCACACUGGGGCACGUCCCUACACGUGUGGGGGAUGUGGGAAGAGCUUCAACCAGAGCUCCCACCUAUUCAAACACCAGUGCGUCCACACUGGGGAAUGGCCCUACAAAUGUGGGGAAUGUGGGAAGAGCUUCAGUGACAGCUUCAGCCUGAUCCGACACCUGCACAUCCACACUGGGGAACGGCCCUACACGUGUGGGGAAUGUGGGAAGAGCUUCAGGGACAGCUGCAGCCUGAUCCGACACCUGCACAUCCACACUGGGGAACGGCCCUACACGUGUGGGGAAUGUGGGAAGAGCUUCAGGGACAGCUGCAGCCUGAUCCGACACCUGCACAUCCACACUGGGGAACGGCCCUACACGUGUGGGGAAUGUGGGAAGAGCUUCAGGGACAGCUGCAGCCUCCGCACCCACCAGCUCAUCCACACUAGGGAACAGCCCUACCUCUGUCAGAAAUGUGGGAAGAGCUUUAGGAAGAGCUCCAGCCUGAUCCAACACCAGCACAUCCACACUGGGGAAAGUCCCUACCUCUGUGAGGAAUGUGGGAAGAGCUUUAGGAACAGCUCCAACCUCAUCACCCACAAGCGCAUCCACACUGGUGAACGGCCCUACAAGUGCUUGCAAUGUGGGAAGAGGUUUCAGACCAGCUCAAGUCUCCUCAGACAUGAGCGGACGCACACGGAUGAGAGGCCCUUCCGCUGCACCGACUGCGGGAAGGGCUUCAACCGGAACUCCCACCUCAUCACCCACCGGCGCAUCCACACCGGGGAGAGGCCCUACAAGUGUGGGGAGUGUGGGAAGACCUUCCCCCACAGCUCUACCUUGACCAAACACCAACGGACCCACCAGUAAGGGAAGCCCUACCAGUGCCCCGACUGCGGGAAGAGCUUCGGCCGCUGCUUCCACCCCGAAUGAACCCCCUGAUGGGGAGGCAACCCCUGGAGUCCAGUGACUGUCAGUCCAUCCCUUUCGACCACAAAGGGCCAGUCCCCUUUCCCAGGGGCAGCUUCUUCCAAUAGAACCCUUCUUGGAGGGGUGUGUGGAGAUUCCUGCCUUGGCUGGGGACCCCCCAAGGUCACUGCUGGAGGCUGAGAGCAGAGAUCUCCCCACGAGCGUUGGUCUGGGGGAGUUCCAUCCAUCUCUAAUUGAGAAUUAUUGCUUUUUUGCCAGCUUGAGUAGAAUUGCUUCAACAAUUGCUUUAGUGUAGAGCACUGUCCUGUCUUAUCCUGUACUCUGGUAGUUUUAGUGUUUCUCUUGUGCAGUAAAUAAUUCUGAUGAAGAUCUUUUGUCUGAUCAUUUGGAACCCUAAAUAAAUUCCUUUCUAUCAAUA